ACUAUUUGCUUUAUAAGUCUUAGUGAGUGCUCUUUUACAUUUAAUGCAUUUCAUUUCAGGGAUGUCGAAUGAGGACAUGGAACAGGAUAAUGCAACAUUGCUGACAGAGUUUGUUCUCACAGGACUUACAUACCAACCAGAGUGGAAAAUACCCCUGUUCUUGGUGUUCUUGGUGAUCUAUCUCAUCACUAUGGUGUGGAACCUUGGUCUGAUUACUCUUAUCUGGAAUGAUCCACAACUUCACAUCCCCAUGUACUUAUUUCUUGGGAGUUUAGCCUUUGUUGAUGCUUGGAUAUCUUCCACAGUAACUCCCAAAAUGUUGGUUAAUUUCUUGGCCAAAAACAGGAUGAUAUCUCUGUCUGAAUGCAUGAUUCAAUUUUUUGCCUUUGCAUUUGGUGGAACUACAGAAUGUUUUCUCUUGGCAACAAUGGCAUAUGAUCGCUAUGUAGCCAUAUGCAAACCUUUACUAUAUCCAGUGAUUAUGAACAAUUCGCUAUGCGUACGGCUGGUAGCCUUCUCAUUUUUAGGUGGCUUCCUCCAUGUCUUAAUUCAUGAAGUCCUUAUAUUCAGAUUAACCUUCUGCAAUUCCAACAUAAUACAUCAUUUUUACUGUGAUAUUAUACCAUUGUUUAUGAUUUCCUGUACUGAUCCUUCUAUUAAUUUUCUGAUGGUUUUUAUUUUGUCUGGCUCAAUUCAGGUAUUCACCAUUGUGACAGUUCUUAACUCUUACACAUUUGCUCUUUUCACAGUCCUAAAAAAGAAGUCUGUCAGAGGCAUAAGGAAAGCCUUUUCCACCUGUGGAGCCCAUCUCUUAUCUGUCUCUUUAUAUUAUGGCCCACUUCUCUUCAUGUAUGUGCACCCUGUAUCUCCACAAGCAGAUGACCAAGAUAUGAUAGACUCUGUAUUUUAUACAAUUGUAAUUCCUUUGCUAAAUCCCAUUAUCUACAGUCUGAGAAAUAAGCAAGUAAUAGAUUCAUUCACAAAAAUGGUAAAAAGAAAUGUUUAG